CACAGCGCAGCACACAGAGAAAGAGAGAGGGAGGCAGAGAUGGGUGAUAAGGAGGCAGUGGAGGAGGGGACUACCAACGGAGGAGGUGACCUCAACCCAAAUGCAAAGGAGUGGAGCCCCAUUCACGAUUCCGCGCCGGAGGAAGAUCGCUGCCUGUUUCUGACCUUCUCCAAUGGGUACCCGCUGACUGAGCACCAGAUCGUCCACUUCUUCACCCGAAAAUUCGGAGCGUGCAUUGAGAGGGUGUAUGUGCACUACCGUGAGGGAGGGAAGGAACCGCCGUUGUUUGGGAAGGUGGUGUUUGUGGCGUCUUCGAUACCAGCCAUCAUUCUGGAAGGGAAAGAUGAAGCCAAGUUUUCUAUUGAGAGCAGGACGAUGUGGUGUAAGAGGUACGAGGCCAGAAAGGCUCGCUACAGGCUUUGCCGAGGGCGAUGAUGAAGCAACUCAUCCAAAUCACCUCCGCCGCCAGCGCCACCACCACCCUUAUCAUCAUGUUCUCAUAUCAGAUCAAAAGUAUCUUUUAGUCCAAUAAAUUAGAGAACUGUUUCAUUAA